AUGGCUUCCAAUGUGUCGUUCGACAGCCUCAUACCUCCUCCCGACGAAAUCAUUGACACCCACAAAGAGUACAAAAUCGCUAUAGUUUGUAUCUUCCUGGGUGUUCUUGCGUCUCUCUGUGUCGCGAGUCGCUUGACCGCGAGAUUUCUGUCGCGAUCAUGGGGAUAUGAUGACUGGGCUGUUAUUCCCGCCACGGCCUUUUACAUUGGUUGGACCGCAUUGGCAGCAUACAUCAAUCUUCACGCUGGAGUGGGCAAGCCGCUCGAAGAGAUCACGGUGGGAGAGUUUUCUCUCUGGUACAAGGGAGUCGUCGUCACAACAUGGCUGUAUCCUAUCAUGUCAGCCACGAUUAGGAUAUCGAUAUUGCUAUUCUACCGUCGCAUAUUUGCUAUUGCGAAUGGAGCCUUCAUGAAUUACGCCAUCUGGAUUCUCCUAGGUCUCCAAGUCGCCUACAUCAUAACGUUUUGUGUCCUUCCUGCCUUCAUGUGCCAGCAACUACAUUACGCCUGGGACGUGUACGAGCACCCGUUGCACUGCAAUGACUGGUACUACUUCUGGUCGCAAAUAGCACUAUACAGUGCCAGCAUGGCGUUCGACACGAUACUGCUCUUCUUCCCGAUUAUACCAGUCGUUCGACUUCAUUUACCGACAAUAAAGCGGGUAGGAGUCCUGGUCAUAUUUAUGCUUGGAGCUGGCGCAAGUAUAGCUUCCGCAUACAAGCUUGCGGUAUUCGACAUUGAGAUGAAACGCUACGAGCCCACAAACCCUCUAUGGCUUACGUAUAGAAUGUCGCGCUACAUCCCGGCACAAUUCGAUCGAUAUGGCUACACCUUUUGGAUCCCAUCUCAAGUCGAGCCGACAGUGGCGCUGAUCGGAACUUCCCUGCCGGCUCUGCGACCAUUCCUCGCGUCAGCCUCGGAACGAGUCUCGCAGUAUUUUCAAACCCAUAUCACUUCACGCUCGACGAAGUCGACCUGGCAAACGAUCACGCCCGCUCACGCAAGCGGGUUUGUGGCUACCAAUAGCUCGGAGACCGAGCUAUGGGAUGUUAGUAGAAGCAAAAGCCCGAGGACGACCAUUAGUGCCUGA